AUGCCGCUCCACUACCCGAGGUACAGCAAGAGCGACUACGAAGCGAUGGAAGAGUGGAGGCUGGAUCUCCUCCUCUCGCAGUACGGUAUCCGCCUCGGCGGCACCGUCGACGAGAAGCGCGCCUACGCCAUCGGCGCUUUCCUCUGGCCCGACCAGUACUGA